CCGGGCAGGAGCUGAGCCCCGGGAGUCGCGGCUCCCACUGCGCGGAGGAUUCCGGGUGCCCGGGAUUGUGAAAUGUGUGCCCAGGAGGCUUUCCAGGCACAGAGGAGCCAGCUGGUGGAGCUCCUGGUCUCAGGGUCCCUCGAGGGCUUCGAGAGCAUUCUGGACUGGCUGCUGUCCUGGGACGUCCUCUCCUGGGAAGACUACGAGGGCCUCAGCCUCCUGGGCCAGCCCCUCUCCCACUUGGCCAGGCGCCUCCUGGACACUGUCUGGAGUAAGGGUACUUGGGGCUGUGAGCAGCUCGUGGCCGCUGUGCGGGAGGCCCAGGCCGACAGCCAGCCCCCCGAACUUCCUGGCUGCUGGAACCCCCACUCACCCCACCCAGCCCGUGACCUGCAGAGUCACCGGCCAGCCGUUGUCAGAAGACUCUACAGUCACAUGGACAGCGUGUUGGAGCGGACGCAGGAGCAGGGUUUCAUCAGCCGGUAUGAAUGUGAUGAAAUCAGGCGACCCAUCUUCACGUCAUGCCAGCGGGCAAGAAGGCUCCUCGAUCUUGCUGCUGUGAAGGCGAAUGGGUUGGCUGCCUUCCUUCUACAGUGUGUUCAGGAAUUACCCACCCCAGUGGCCCUGCCUUUUGAAGAUGCUGCCUGUAAGAAGUACAUGUCCAAGCUGAGGACCACAGUUUCAGCUCAGUCUCGUUUCCUGAGCACCUACGAUGGGGCAGAGAAUCUUUGCCUAGAAGAAAUAUAUACAGAGAAUGUUCUGGAGGUCCGGACAGAGGGGGGCACGGCUGGACCUCCGCAGCAGAGCCCCACCACCCUGAGCCUAGGGGAGCUCUUCAGCCCUCAAGGCCACCUCAACAAGGAUGCGGACACCGUGCUGGUGGUGGGCGAGGCAGGCAGUGGCAAGAGCACCCUCCUGCAGCAGGUGCAUCUGCUGUGGGCUUCAGGGCAGGCCUUCCAGGAAUUUCUCUUCGUCUUCCCAUUCAGCUGCCGGCAGCUGCAGUGCCUGGCAAAAUCUCUGUCCCUGCAGACGCUGCUCUUUGAACACUGUUGUUGGCCUGAUCGUGGCCAGCAGGACGUCUUUCAGGUCCUCCUUGACCACCCCGAGCGCAUCCUCUUAACUUUCGAUGGUUUUGACGAGUUCAGGUUCAGGUUCACGGAUCACGAGCGUCACUGCUGUCCCACGGCCCCCACAUCUGUCCAGAGUCUCCUCUUCAACCUCCUGCAGGGCAACCUGCUCAAGAAUGCCCGCAAGGUGCUGACCAGCCGACCGGACGCAGUGUCCGCGAGCCUCCGGAAGCACGUGCGCUCAGAACUCAGCCUCAAGGGUUUCUCAGAAGAGGGCAUUGAACUGUACCUGCGGAAGUGCCAUCGCGAGCCUGGCGUGGCCGACCGCCUCAUCUGCCUGCUCAGAGCCACCUCGGCCCUGCACGGUCUGUGCCACCUGCCUGUCUUCUCGUGGAUGGUGUCCAAAUGCCACCAGGAACUGUUGCUGCAGGGCAGGGGGUCCCCGAAGACCACCACGGACAUGUACCUGCUGAUCCUGCAGCAUUUUCUGCUGCGUGCCUCCCUGCUAGACUCAGCCGCCCAGCAUCUGGGACCUGGCCUGCUUCGGGGGAGCCUCCCCACCCUGCUGCAUCUCGGUCGCCUGGCUCUCUGGGGCCUGGGCACGUGCUGCUACGUGUUCUCAGCCGAGCAGCUGCAGGCAGCACACGUCGACAGUGAGGCUGUUUCUCUUGGCUUCCUGGUUCGUGCCAAGAGCGUCGUGCCCGGAGGUACCCCCCCACUGGAAUUCCUGCACGUCACGUUCCAGUGCUUUUUUGCCGCAUUCUACCUCGCCCUCAGUGCUGACGUGCCACCGUCAUCCCUCAGAUACCUCUUCCACGGUCACCGACCCAGCAGCUCUCCACUAGCCAAGGUGCUGCCCAAACUGUGUGUGCGGGGCUCAGGCUGCAAGAAAGGCAGCGUGGCCCAUUUGCUACAGGAGGCCGAGCCGCACAACCUCCAGAUCACGGCGGCCUUCCUGGCAGGGCUGUUGUCCCAGGAGCACCGGGGUCUGCUAGCCGAGUGCCAGGUGUCUGAGAAGGCUCUACUCCAGCGCCAGGCCUGUGCCCAGUGGUGUCUGGCCCGCAGCCUCCAUAAGCACUUCCGCUCCAUCCCACCAGCCGUCCCAGGUGAGGUCAAGAGCAUGCAUGCCAUGCCUGGCUUCAUCUGGCUCAUCCGCAGCCUGUACGAGAUGCAGGAGGAGCGGUUGGCCCGGGACGCCGUGCAUAGGCUGAACGUCGGGCACCUCAAGCUGACUUUCUGCAGCGUGGGCCCUGCUGAGUGUGCUGCCCUGGCCUUCGUGCUGCAGCACCUCCGGUGGCCCGUGGCCCUGCAGCUGGACCACAACUCUGUGGGCGACAUUGGCGUGGAGCAGCUGCUGCCUUGUCUCAACGUCUGCAAGGCUCUUUACUUGAGAGAUAACAAUAUCUCAGACCGAGGCUUAUGCAAGCUCGUGGAACAUGCUCUUUGCUGUGAGCAGCUGCAGAAGUUAGCUCUUUUCAACAACAAAUUGACCGAUGGCUGUGCUCACUCCAUGGCCAGGCUCCUUGCAUGCAAGAGGAACUUCUUGGCAUUGAGGCUGGGAAACAACCACUUCACUGCCGUGGGAGCCCAGGUGCUGGCCCAGGGACUCAGAGCCAACGCCUCCCUGCAGUUCCUGGGCUUCUGGGGCAACCAGGUGGGUGACAAGGGGGCCCAGGCUUUGGCUGAAGCCUUGAGGGACAAUCAGAGCUUGAAGUGGCUCAGCCUGGUGGGGAACAACAUUGGCAGUGUGGGUGCUCAAGCCUUAGCAUUGAUGUUGGAAAAGAACAUGGCCCUGGAAGAACUCUGCCUGGAGGAGAACCAUGUCCAAGAUGAAGGUGUGUGCUCUCUCGCCAGAGGACUUGAGAGAAAUUCAAGCUUGAAAGUCCUGAAGCUGUCCAACAACCAUGUCACCUCCCGUGGGGCCGAAGCCCUCCUGCAUGCCCUUGAGCAGAAUGACACCAUCCUGGAAGUCUGGCUCCGAGGAAACAAUUUCUCUCCAGAGGAGACUGAGCAGCUCAGCCAGAGGGACACGAGACUCCUGCUUUGAUGUUCCUGGGGGCAGCGUUCAUCUCAGGCUGAGGAGCAGGCCAUGGGUUUGGGCCGCAGAAGCGGAUGACAACUGACGACGGCCCACCCAGAUGGAGCCCUGUCCUGCCCAAGGCCAACCCCAUGGGUCACCUUUGUUUGGGCAGAGAUUGGCGCAUCAGUGCCCUGCAGAAUGGACUUUCUCAGAGUUGACUUUUGCUGUCAGGUUCUUCCCAAGAUUCUCUCCGGGGCUGUCCAAAGGGGCAGCCCCCCCCCCUCUACGUUAUCAGGCUGGACUAACCUGUCAUGGGUCAGUGAGGCCCAUGGGGACACUGAGUGCUCCUUGGAGGAGUGCCCUCCACGUGAAAGGCCCUGCCUCCUCCUCUCACCUUGUUCAGGAAGCAGCCUCCAGCUGUGUCUCAACUCAAGGUCAUUGGUCCAAGUUGCUUGCUAACAUCUGGUUCCUCCACUCACAGUGCACAGGGCACUUCCUCUGUGGAGGAGGAUUCACAAUACUGGUUUCUCACCUCUGCUAUUUCCCUUAUACCCUAAUCUCCCCUCCCUCCUUCCCUGCCCCCCCAUCCAGGGCCCGAAGGGCUACAAUUUACUCUACUCUCCUUUCUGGUAUUUAAGACAUUAUUGAAAGGGAACAUUUGAUGGCCAUUUGUUCCCCCCAAGACAUUCUGGUUUUUCAAGAAAAA